AUGCCCUGGAGUCUGCACUCCCCAUUCCUUAACCCCCGCGACACCGAUACGCCCUGCAGCCCCCCGCUCUACACCGCCACCACGCCGUCCCCACUGGCAACACCACGCGAGCCCGAGGACGACGGCUUCUUCGGGUACAUCUCGCCCGUCGACCCCUCCCCCUCCCCACCGAGGCCCCCGCUACGGUCACCAACACCACCACCACCCCCGCCCCCACCACGGCCACGCCACCGCCGCAGGAACACGCGCCGCCGUGAAAGGUUGCCGGAGCAGGAGGAGCUGUCGGAGAGGGCCAGGAGUCUGCUGGAUGCUGCGAGGGUGGAAUGGAGGAGGGGGCAAAGGGGGGUGAGGAGGGGUGGGGGGGACGUUUCGAUUGUGACGCGAGAGGAGGUGAGAGGGCAGGCAGAAACACCACCGUUGCCGCUGUCCACGGUGGUGGAUAGGACGUCGGUUCACGGUAGACGCGGCCAGAUCCAGCGCCGGACCAGCGACGCGGCAGGGGAGGGGGAGCUGGCGGCGUCCCACCCCCCGCGGAGGUCUGCGGACGGAAGGCGGCGGACGGAAAGCGUGAGGGACCCGUCGCCGGAGAUGGAUGAUUACAAUGGGGUCAUGACGCGCAUGCCGUCGCCGGAUGUCACAUGGCCGCCGCCGCGCUUACCGGUCCCGCGGAUGCUUUUGGCGGGGACCGUGAUGGAAAGGGAUAUGGAGGCCACAGUUCCGAGAAGACAAAGAGCACCUUCGCCAGAUGUCUACGACCCCUUCCCUGUACCCUGGCCAGAGAGUGGGCCAUAUGAAGGUUUCCGGAGUGCGUUUUGGCUGGAUGGAGAUGACGGGAUCAUGACGAGGAUGCCGUCACCGGUUAUGACACCAUUCCCGGGUACAAGGGCAUCAGUGGUAACAGUCCCGCCGCAGCAAAGAGAGACAGAGCUGUACCUAUCAUCUCCUCGGUGGCUCGGUCCAUUAGACUUCACCCCGCCGCCGGUUACGCCGUCGCGAUGGCCGGUGGUGCUCGAGAGCCCAAACCCAAAUACAAAUCCCGAGCCGAAGGCAGAAUUAGAGCCUAUCACAAAGCAAGAAAGGGAACCGGAACCUGAGCUAGAGCCGGAAUUGGAACUGACACUCCUAGCUACUGCUGCGCUGCUGGAGAGCGUGGCAUCUGACCUCGCGGCUGGCACUCGCCGCUUGGCGUGGAGGAGGAUUGAGAGGGCGCUUGGUGCCCUCCGAGACCUCCAUAUUGUAGGCGCAGGCGCCGGGAGUUCAGACGCUGGAGAAAGGGUAGGCGGGGGUGAAGGUGGGGGGUGUAUAAUAUGCUACUCCCGCCCCGCUAACAGCGUGUUUCGCCCAUGUGGGCACCUUGUUCUCUGUUCGGAAUGUGUAGUAUCCGAGCAGGUCGGUGGCGGGCCUAGUGGGAAAUGGCCGGUUGUGUUCUGUCCCGUGGCACACUGUGGGGCUGUGGUGGAGACGGCGGUCAAAGUGUUUCGGGGGUGA